GCGAUGUAGCAUUUGUUUUCUGGGCCAUAUGGGGCCAUGGAGUCCAUGGAGUGUAGAGAUGUCGAGAGGUUCAACAACGAGCUGCGCAAGUGGCAGUCCCUUGAAGAUCUUGAAGACUUUAGUGAAGACAUCCGAACACAACUUGCAGAGGUGCCGGGACCGUGUGUCCUGGACCUUUCGGAGGAGAACAUCCUGUCGUUUGGUCAGGGUGAUUGGAGCCUGGUGGAACGAGAUAUCCGGGCAGCUUUCUCAUCAGACUUAGCAGAUUUGAUUCUCAAUUGCUUCAAGGACGUAGUUCAGACCUGCUUGGCGGUCAGGAGAGAAUUGAUUAACUACAAGAAGCUGUGUUUGCACAUGUGGCAGGCAGGCGCUGCUGUCGAGAAAGACCUCCGGCAGCUUGCCAGUUUUUUUUACUGCGAGCUCGUGAAUGGCAAAGCUCCAGAUGCUCGUCGUCAAAGAUAUGUUGAAAUCGCCAAUGCAUUCAACGAGUGUCGAGGUGCUGUGGCGGCGAUUUUUGAUGCCAGGCACUUUAGCAAGGCGAUUUGCGCCUUGCCCCGACAUGUCAAGACCGGUAUGCCGUGGAAGUUUGAAGCUCUACCACAGAGUCUUGAGCUGUGGAAACCCUUAGAACAAGCUCAGCACUUCCUGGAGAACUACCAGCAGAUGGAUGUCUUCUUUGCGUCUAUCCAUCAAGAUGAAACACCAACAAAGCCUGAGACGCCAGAAGGAGAGGAAGAGGUGAUGGUCACAAAGCCCAGCAAGCCGAAACUGUGCACCAGGCAGUGGAAAUCAGAGCGGAAGUUUGUGCAGUCGGAUCUAGGCUCUGAAGGCCUUCGAAGCAUGCUAUGUUCCAUUGAGGCCACAGGACUACGGCUGCCACCGCGAGCCCUGCUGUAUGUGGAGCUGGUUUUAAUUGCUCGCGGAGCUUCCAAGGCGUUGGCCAUUCGGUCAGCGCUUUGUCGCUACAUUGCGGCACUUCAACAGGCUUGUGAUUGGGCAAAGCGCCUGGAAGAACGCUUCAAGGAACUGCUGGAGCCCUCUUCAACGUCCCUCAGCAGUACCGCAAUUUCAGCUGGGCUGCACUUGCAUGGCACUCGCCACUUGUUGAUGAUCAAGGGAAUGCUUCCUGUCUUGGAGGAGAUGCUGCGAUGGCUGGAACCAAUUUCUGAAAUGAGGGCAGAUGAUGCUCGACUUUUUGUCUCGGGCUCUCGCGGCGCUGCAGCCUUUGUCCCGCGAGGCUUCCCAGAUCUCUUAGCAAGGCAUCGCUCUGCUAUUUGCCUCGGUGGUCAUCGCGAGGCAAUGCUCGCAGAAUUGGCUCCUGGAGGCUCUGGUUGGCCAAGAUCAGCUCGACCUGCGAAUGAGGGACAUUGCCAGCAGUGUCGCAUGUGUUUGGUCCAGCUGAGCAGGCUUUGGCUUCACAGGUCUCUUUGCCUCCUGUGUGAAGCGAACGUAAGAUCUGAAGGGCGCUGUCCAUAUGGAGGUGAUCGAUGUGGAAGUCGCAGCUUUUGCCCUCAUGAAAAACGAUGCAUCGUUUGCGAACAAUGGUCCUGUGAGCAGUGCCAACUUCUUCGCGGUGAUGGAGAAGAUGUAUGGCAACUGGUUGUCCAGCGGCAACCAAGUUUGGUCUUCUUGGACUUUGACCGAACCCUAUGCACUACAAAGGCUGGUGCAUCUCCCUUGCAGGGCAUGCAUUCACUCGAUGCCGACUUGGUCACAGUGUGCCGCACUCACUCCAGUGUGCUCAUUGUAACCCGGAGCUCCCGAAGUGAGGACAUAGUGGUUUUUCUCAAGCGACAUGGCAUUCAUGCUGGAACAGGACCAGAUGGGCCAGACAAAUCCUCUGCCAAAGGCUUGCAGGGCAAUGUCUGGGUGCGGAGUGUCAAGCGUGAAGGCUUGGACUCGAAGGCUGCGGUAAUCCUUGAGGCCAUGGACAAGGAAAAGACGGGACUUUUCGUAGAUGAUGAUAUCAAGGAGCUCACCGAUGCAGCGCUGAGAGAACUUGUUGCGCAGCGGCAGCUGCUGCGAUUGUUGUUCGUCAGAUCUGGUGGAAAGGAGUGAAUGAGCAGG